AUGUCUGUCCACGCGUCCUGGCUACCAGUAUCGCUGCUGGUGUGGGGACUGGUCUGCAGCUCAGUGCGCACUGCCCCGUUGGCGGGUAGGCAGAACGGCGCUCUAGAGCGGCAUUGGGAAACGCUCUACUCUCGAUCACUGGCUCGGAACCCAUGGGAAAAGAGAGAAAUCACCCGGGAUGGUGAAUAUCUUAUGGGCAUCAAAAGACUUAGGCGUCUCUACUGCAAUGUCGGCAUUGGGUUUCAUAUUCAAGUUUUACCAGACGGAAAGAUAACUGGAAUACAUAACGAAAAUAGAUACAGUCUCCUUGAGAUAUCACCUGUGGAGAGAGGGGUUGUGACGAUCUUUGGCGUCCGAAGUGGUCUGUUUCUGGCCAUGAACAGCAAAGGGAAGCUCUAUGGCUCUGGUCAUUACAAUGACGAGUGCAAGUUCAAGGAAAGUCUCUUGGCAAAUAACUACAAUGCUUAUGAAUCUGCAGCACACCCAGGGAUGUAUAUUGGACUGAGUAAGACUGGCAAAACCAAAAAAGGAAACAGAGUAACACCAGCAAUGACAGUGACACACUUCUUACCGAGGAUCUGA